AUGGCCCAGAAACGAAGAAGAAGAGAGGCACUCAAACGUCUCUGCUGUCAGCACUGUGGCAAAUCCUUCUCAACUUCUGGAUCUUUAAAGAUACAUCGGAUGCUUCACACUGGAGAGAAACCGUACAGCUGUGACCAAUGUGGGAAGGCGUUCACUACAUCAGGUGAUCUAAAAAUCCACCUACGUGUUCACACUGGAGAGAAACCGUACAGCUGUGACCAAUGUGGGAAAACUUUCACUCGAGCAGGUGACCUAAAAAUCCACCUACGUGUUCACACUGGAGAGAAACCGUACAGCUGUGACCAGUGUGGGAAAACUUUCACUCGAGCAGGUCACCUAAAACACCACCAACGUGUUCACACUGGAGAGAAACCGUACAGCUGUGACCAAUGUGGGAAAGCUUUCACUCAAUCAGGUCACCUAAAAAAACACCAACUUGUUCACACUGGAGAGAAACCGUACAGCUGUGACCAGUGUGGGAAAACUUUCACUCGAGCAGGUCACCUAGAAUCUCACAGACGUGUUCACACUGGAGAGAAACCGUACUGUUGUGACCAGUGUGGGAAAACUUUCACUACAUCCAGUCACCUACAAAGGCACCGACGUAUUCACACUGGAGAGAAACCGUACUGGUGUGAACAAUGUGGGAAAGCAUUCACUACAUCGUGUCACCUAAAAGCACACCUACGUGUUCACACUGGAGAGAAACCGUACAGCUGUGACCAAUGUGUGAAGGCAUUCGUUACAUCAAGUGAACUAAAAAUCCACCUACGUGUUCACACUGGAGAGAAACCGUACUGGUGUGAACAAUGUGGGAAAGCAUUCACUACAUCGUGUCACCUAAAAGCACACCUACGUGUUCACACUGGAGAAAAACCGUACAGCUGUGACCAAUGUGUGAAGGCAUUCAUUACAUCAAGUGAACUAAAAAUCCACCUACGUGUUCACACUGGAGAGAAACCGUACUGGUGUGAACAAUGUGGGAAAAUGUUUGCUCAGAGCAGUACCCUUAAACGCCACCAACGCACUCAUGAUGCUUCAGAUGGACUCAAACGUCACCACUGUCAGCACUGUGACAAAUCCUUCACAACAUCUGGAUCUUUAAAGAUUCAUCAGAGAGUUCACACUGGAGAGAAACCGUACAGCUGUGACCAGUGUGGGAAAGCUUUCACUAAAUCAGGUAACCUAAAAGUCCACCAACAAAUUCACACUGGAGAGAAACCAUACAGCUGUGACCAGUGUGGGAAAGCUUUCACUCAAUCAUCUAAACUAAAAAUCCAUGAACGUGUUCACACUGGAGAGAAACCGUACAGCUGUGACCAGUGUGGGAAAGCUUUCACUCAAUCAUCUAAACUAAAAAUCCAUGAACGUGUUCACACUGGAGAGAAACCGUACAGCUGUGACCAGUGUGGGAAAGCUUUCACUCAAUCAUCUAAACUAAAAAUCCAUGAACGUGUUCACACUGGAGAGAAACCGUACAGCUGUGACCAGUGUGGGAAGGCGUUCAUUACAUUAGGUGAACUAAAAAUCCAACUACGUGUUCACACUAGAGAGAAACCGUACAGCUGUGACCAAUGUGGGAAGGCGUUCAUUACAUUAUGUCACCUACAAACUCACAGACGUGUUCACACUGGAGAGAAACCAUACUGGUGUGAACAAUGUGGUAAAUUGUUUUCUCAGAGUAGUCACCUUAAAGUCCACCAUCGCAGUCACGCGUUGCUUCGCUGUGAACAUUUUUCAGAGCCAAGCUAGCUGUUUCCUCCUGCCUCCUCCUCAUGUCCUGAUAGCUGGGUUGUUAUAUACUGAGCUUCUCUACAAACUGAGCGAGAGACAACAGUAACUUUAUAUUCUGAGCAGCAUGUAUCGUGGCUGCGACUACAUACUGUCCUGCUCCUCCUCUCCACAAAAUCCUGUUGUCGGAGCACACAAUGAGGCCAUGCCUCCCACCCUCACCCCUCUGCUGGAGGGAGGGUCCUGGAAGAAGUGGGUCAGAGCCAGGCUAGCUGUUUCUACUGAGUCACUCUGUUUUAUUGAUUCCUGAUCCACUUGGAUUUUUAUUUUCAGAGAAUUAUUAACUUGUAUCCUCUUUAAGUAAAUUAGUUACAUAUCUGUUAA